GAACCCCGCGGGAGCGAUGGUUGUUGGGAGCGGGCUUCGCAGGUGCUGCGCGCCUCUCUGAGGGCUCUCGGCUGCGUCCUCGGAGCGCCAGGUUAUGAAAGAUGGCGAAUCUAGAUAAAAGUAAACCGAAGAUAUUAAAAGCCAAAAAAACAAUGCCCACAAGUUGCCGGAAGCAAGUAGAGAUCCUGAAUAAGUCAAAGAAUGUUGAAGCACUGAAAACAGCAUCAACUGGGAGUAAUGUUCCAACUGAUAAUCUGAAUUUAAGUACUGAUUUCAUAAUAAGCACAUCUAGACUGUCUCAAAAUGUUGGUUUCUCUUUGGACUCUAACAAAAAUACAGUGUCCUCAGAAAAAAACACAAUAAUCCCUCAGAAUUUAAUAAAACCAGUGGAAGAAAAUGUUGAUUCAGAAGCCAGAUUGGAAUGUGUUAAUGAACACGUUACAUGUCCUAACCAAAAGCCAAGAAAAGCAAUAGAUUCUCCCAGCAAACUCUGUAUACAAAAAGCAAAAGAUUCAUGGGAUACUUCUGAAAGCCAUUUUGAAUAUCAUACAAGUGUAACAAGUUCCUUUUUUGAACAUAACAAGAAUUCUCAUCUGAAAUCCAUUUGGUGGCCACCCUCUCUAUUGAGUAGUAUACUUCAAAUGCCAAAGGCUACAGAAAUGAAUACCUUGGAUGAUAAGAGAAUCGACAACAUGAUUUCCCUUUCAAAAACAAGCUCCAAAUCAGUGUCACUUCAUAAAAGGCAAAAUGACAUUUUAAGUUCAGAUUCAGAUUUUGUGCCUAUUGAAAAAACACCUAACUUGAGUUCAGUCAGUUCCAGCAACUGUGCUGCUAAAGUUUUGAAAAGUGAAGAAUACAAUAAAAACUGUUAUUCCAGCAUUUCAAAUUGUGAAAGUACCGAAUCAGAAUGGCGAUCAUCACUUGACACUGAUGGAAAUAAGAGCCAAAAUCAGAAGAAGAGGAUGUUUUCAGAAAACAAAGAAAAUGCUAAGCGCAUGAAAACUUCAGAGCAAAUUAAUGGAAAUAGUCGUGUAACCCCAGAAAGGCAAACAGCAUUGCUGGAAAAGGUCAAACAUUUGAUUCAACAGGAAAUCUGUAAUAUAAAUUUCAAACAAUUUGAUAACAAACUGAAAGAAUUGAAUGAACGCAUUGAGAAGAUGCAGUGCAAGAACAAACAUGAAGCAGUAGCUAAUGAGCUCUUUGCAAAAAUAGCAAAACUUCAGAGACGUAUUAAAGCAGUAUUAUCAUCUCAGAGUAUUCGUAUAGAACCAAAUGUGUCUACUAAUACAGCCUAUAAGGUUACAAAUUUAGAGACCAUGAAUUUGGGUAUGAAUUGCGAGUCAGUUAAAAGUCCAUGUGAAAGAAUGACUUCUGUGAACUCUGAAGCAAGUGAAAAGAUAAAUUUGUCACCAGAUCAUGUUGAGUUCGUUUCUGAUAGUAACAGUGAUGAUGUUACGUUGGUUUCUGUGGAAAGUCCUAAUUUGACAACUCCAAUUACAUCAAAUCCAACAGAUCUGAGGAAAGUUACAUCUGAAAAUUCUAGUAGUUCACUUAAUGUGGAAACAGAAGUUGUGGCUGCAGAGAUGAGGAAACUUGAUUGUGUAAUCGAUUUGACAAAAGAAGGUCUAUCCAUCUGCGACACAGAAAGUCCGGUGUCAACCUUGGAGUCAGUGUUGAAAGCUGUUUCAAACACCAAAGAAACAACCCCAGUGGCACGGAAAGCAGCCCAGAAUGCAACCCAGGUUCUUGAUUCCUUUGAUCACCUGCCACCUCUCCCAGAGCCACCACCACCACUACCUGAGCUAGUAGACAAAAUUCGAGAUACGCUGCCUCCCCAGAAGCCUGAGCUCAAAGUGAAACGGGUGCUGAGACCCAGGGGCAUUGCUCUGACUUGGAACAUCUCCAGAAUCAACCCCAAGUGUGCACCUGUGGAAAGCUACCACCUCUUCCUGUGCCACGAGGACUCCAACAGUAAGUUGAUCUGGAAGAAGAUUGGAGAAAUUAAAGCUUUACCACUCCCCAUGGCCUGUACUUUAUCUCAGUUUUUAGCUUCCAACAAAUAUUAUUUUACUGUCCAGUCAAAAGACAUUUUUGGGCGAUAUGGACCAUUUUGUGAUAUAAAAUCUAUCCCUGGUUUUUCUGAAAAUCUUACCUAAAAAAAAGUGUUCAAUAAUUAUAUGUUUUGCUUCUGAAUUUUUUUUGUAUUUGUUUUGUUUACAAUGUUUCUGUAACACUAUUUGUCAUUUUUAAGGGCUGUUUCAGAUUGUGAACAGUCUUCUUCUGUAUGUUGUAAGUCACCUCUAGUUUCAUGAAUUUCUGAUGAAUUUUGCAUUCAGUGUGUACUUUUAAUGUCUGUAUUGUAAAAGAUACACUAUCAUGGACACAUGUUGCUAAGGUGUGUUGUGAGCAAUACCUUUGGUAACUAUGGAGCUGCUGCUGCUGCUAUCAGAAGCCCUAGACUACAGGCAACCAUGGAAUAUUCUGUUGAUAAUGGCUGUUUGUGACCUGCUGUGCUCAGUUAUACUGCAAGAAAAAGUGCUCUCUUUACCAAGGCCAGAUCAUCCCUGGGGUGUGUCUCAACUAACAUUUGAAGAAAAGAAAUAUCCUCCCAGUCUGUUUAAAUUCUAAGUGGGUUAUUAAUUUGUGUACCUCCUUUUUGUUGGGGGAGGGGGUAGAGUUUGUCAUUCUUUGGGGAGGGAAAUAGUCUGGAGAGUUUUCCUGAAUCCGUGUAUAGUUACAUUUACAAAUUAACUUAUAUUGUGUGCUACAUACACAAAAACUUACAGUAUCUCUUAGAAAGCAUUGUUGGAUCCAUUAUUUCAGCCUCAAAUUUAAGGCUUUAAUUAGCUGAUUCCCUAAAUGCUACCAUUUGCUCAUUUCCUAGUUGCCAUCAGUACUCAGGGAACAUAACACUAAGGGGCUCUUAGAGCGAUCUCUUGUACACCUGUACCUGAGAGAACACUGACUUGAGGUGCCUCUGGUACAGGUAGCCAAGAAAUUCUGACGUGUGAACAGCGACUGCAGGGUAAUGCGGGGCCCAGAGGAGACCAACUGGAAAACUCAAUCUGGCAUGUGGUAAAAACAAAAAUAGCAUUCUUUCCUGAUAGGUAAAGUUCUGAGAUUUAAAAAAUGAAUAAAGAGUGGUUUCCUUUGGCGUUGUAUGAAUGCCUUGACAUCUUCAAUAAGAAAGUUAUUUUUCUUUUCAGACUCUUGUGUCUUUUCCAGAACAUGAAAACGGAGAGAGCCAGAUUCUGAACCAUAUCUGAGGGGAUGGACUGCCCUCUACGAGGUUUUGUUCAGAAUCAGUGACUGGGGGGUGCCCUGCCGCACAGGGCAAGAAUUCUCCAUGAACAUGACUUUUCACCCUUGCAUUGAUGCAGACUAGACAUUCACUUGCUAAAUAAAGAC